AUGGUGGUGGUGCACUUGCGCGCGAGACCACCAAGGUGUAAAAAAGACGAGAGAGGCGAAGGGUGCGUGCUGGUGACGAGCGAAGGCCCGCGAGGGUCGGUUUUGGUGAAAUUUCGCGAUCGGAGGAUGCCGUCGUCGGGAGGAGGAGGACGAGGACGACAACAAGAACAACAACAACAACAACAACAACACGCGUCGUUUCAAUUCACGGGGAACGUUUUACGGGAAGCUACAAACGACGAAGUUUUUGAGGCGGUGGCGAAAGAGGCGGUGGAAGCUGCCACGGAUGGGUUCAACGCGACGAUAUUGGCAUACGGGCAAACUGGGAGUGGUAAGACGUAUACCAUGGGAAGCGGAGAUGGGAGUUACGAGAAUCGAGGGAUCAUACCGCGAGCGUUGACGAUGGUAUUUGAGAAAUUGGCGGUGGGCCGAAGCGUCGUCGGCCGCGCGAAGGAUAAGGUGUCGGUGAGUUUCGUUGAAAUAUAUAACGAGAAUCUCAUUGAUUUGUUGAGUUCGCACGAGGAUCCAAAAAACGCGCCGGCGUGCGUGAUUUCCGACGCCGGUCCCGAUUCUGGCGUUUUCAUCCGAGGCUUAACGACGAAAGAGGUAUCUUCAGAAGACGAGGCAUUGGCGUUGUGGUUUGAAGGCGACGCGCAAAGAGCGAUUGGAUCGCACGCUAUGAACGACCGGUCGUCGAGGUCACACGCGGUGUUUACCUUAAAUAUCGAAACCGCGAGUUUUAAGAGCACCGAAACGUCUUCUUUGUCUUCGGCGACUUUGCAUCGAUCGAAGAUACAUCUGGUCGAUCUUGCAGGUUCUGAAAGGUUGAGGAAAACGAAAUCAACCGGUACUGUGAUGCGUGAAGCUACGUUCAUAAAUAAAUCUCUCUCGGUACUCGAGAGAGUGAUUAUUUCGUUGGGCGAACGCAACCAAUCGAAUCGCGUGGACCACGUGCCGUAUCGUAGCUCGAAACUGACCCAUUUGCUUCGCGACGCGCUCGGUGGGAAUUGUAAAACAGUCAUGAUUGCGCACGUUUCCAGCGAUUAUCAACACGCGGAAGAAACGUUAACGACGUGUCAACUCGCAAAACGGAUGAUGCGCGUGGAAAAUAACGCGAAAUUAAACGAGUGCGUGGAAACGCCGAGUGAAAAACUGACGCGCUUGGAGCGAGAGAUUAAAAAGUUGCGAGCGGAACUGAAGUUGUUAAAGAGUAACGCCGCGGCGAGUAAGAAGAACGGUAGCGUUGAUAACGAUGAGAAACAUCAGCGACGAGAAGAAGAAGAAGAAGAAGACGAAACGAAUACUGCGCAACCAUCGGUGGUGCAAGAAGAAGAAGAAGAAGAAGAAGAAGAAGAAGUAUGCUGCGCGACCGACGCGGUGAGUGAAGACGACGCUUCAAUCUCAUCGCUCGGAUCGUACGAAUCAGCGCGUUUAAACGAUGAGGCGCGCGCGUAUGAUGAAUUCAAACAAACAAACGGUCGCGAGAAAGUGAGAGAGUUAUCAAACGGAAAGGCAGCUUCACGAGCGUGUAAACACCGCGUGAGAGCGCUUUCGGAACGAGUCAACGAUAUCAAACGCGAGAUGGACGCCACUGAGAAAGAGUACGAACGGAGACGAAAAGAACGCUCAGAAGCGGGAACAAAAACCGGGACGUCGUCGUCUUACGGUAGCACACGAAGAGAAACAGGAUCUCAAGAACGCGAAGAAAAUGAAAAUCCAGAUGUCGUCGCGAAUCUGGUUGUCGACGAAGUCUUAGCGGCUCUCAGGCACGACAUCGAAACUCAAACAACUGGCGCAGAGAACGUAGCGGACGAAGAAGAAAAAGAGGAAGAAAGCGAAGAAACGUCGAAUGAAAAACAAGACCGCGACGACGAAAAAGGAGAAGAAGAAGAAGAAGAAGAAGAAGAAGAAGAAGAAACCCUCCAUUCGCUCCUCCGCCCGCUCAAAGCGUCCUACCGCCUCGCGUUCGACCAACUCCUCUCUGCGAAGGACAGCCUCAACGCGGCUGAACUCGUCGUCGGCGAUUUGAGCGCGAAACUACACGACGCUUUCGUCUCCUUCUGGGCGGAGAAGAAAACCACCGCGAAUAGUAGUAGUAGUAGUACUGCUCCUCCUCCUCCUACUCCUUCGCGACAAAACGCGUCAAGGUCGUCGUCGCCGCUUUCGUCUCCUUCUGGGCGGGACAAGAAACCGUCUUCUUCUGCUCCUCCUCUGCAUCCUCCUUCUGCUUCUUCUUCGAAAAAAGGGCUUUUCUACGCGCAGUUGACCGAACAGUGGUCCUCCUCCUCCUCUGCAUCCUCCUCCUCGAACCAACCGACUGUUUCAAAUAGUACUCGAAUUCGACUUAGUAUUUAG